AUGUACAUAAAACGACUUUCCCACCGCGUGUCGCCAGCAGGAGGUGGUCUCUGCCGCCACCCUCGGCGCCUCGUUCCUGGCGUCCGGGAUGUCACGGCCCCGCCCCGCCCUCCAAAAUCCGCCCCGACGGUCGGUUCCCCGAGCUCACCGCGGUCUACUGCCGCCCCCUGCUGGGCCCCUCGCGUCGGGCUACUGAGGGCGGCCGCACGGCUGACGGGAGCGCAAGGGACGCCACCUCUGUGCGACGUCACUGCUGCGUAUCCUGGCGUUUGUCUUCUUCACUUCCGUUCCUCGGUUCCGCUGCUGACCUCAGUGGCGGAAGAACAGCUUUUUUCCAGCUUUUCUGGAGGACUGCAAAGUCCUCUUCCCUUAAGACAAAUGAGCAUUCCAAAAGGUUUGGGCUACCUGAACACUAGGGUACCAAGGAACCUCUUGUGUACAAGAAGUAAUUUUCUCUUUGGUUCAAGAUGUUGAAUGACACUAUUUACAGCAGAAAUCCUCUUUAUAUCAAUUACAUUUAGGCUUUUUGGUGUGAAGUGUGGUAGUGCAGACAGUGAGUUUUUGAAGAAUGAACUACUGAAGUACAUGCUCACCAUGGGAGUAGAUAUUGACAUGGCAAAGAAAAGACAGCCUGGAGUUUUUAAUAGGACAAGUACUAGGGAGCAGUAUGUGAAGAUGUCCCUUCUGUCUGAAGGAGCUAGCAAAAAAAUGAUUGCUAGGAUCAUGUCAAGAUAUCCACGAGCCAUAACCACACCUGAAAGUCUUUCAAAAUGGUGGGAUCUGUGGAGAAGAGUUGUGACAUCACCUGAAAUUGUCAGUAUUUUGAAACAUUCUCCUGACUCCUUUGUUUGGUUCAAUAACAAACUAAACUUAGAGAAUAAUAUAAAGUUCCUCUACUCAGUUCCUCUUUACUCAGUUGGAUUGACCCUUAAAGUGCCUUGUGGAUUGUUGACCAAUGCCCCAUGUUCCUUCUCCUAUAGUCUUGAUCUGAAUAAGCAGAUGAUUGAACUUUUCCAGGGAGUCUCUUUGUCCUGAGUUCACAAUGAACCCCCAGAUUUUGUCAAGAAAAUACAAAAAAAUCCUUACAUCUUAAAUCAGAGUACCAAAUGGGUAAAAAUUAACACUGAGUUUUUAUAGUCAACUUUCAACUUGAACAAUGAGGAGCUGCUCAUUCUGAGUGGUCCAGGAGUUGAACUCCCAGACCUUUCCAAUGACUAUGUCAAAAGAAGCUACACAAAUAUCAAAGAGAAGCUGUUUUCUCUUGGGUAUGUUAAAGAAGAGGUACAGAAGCAUAUUUUGAGUUAUCCAGAUAGGAUCUUGGGAAAGAAAAAGUUUAACAAUAAAAUAGACUGCCUUAUAUAGGGAAAAAUUAGCUUGUCACAAAUAAUUGAAAAUCUGAGGAUUUUCAUUUCAAGCAUAAAUACUUUAAAAAAUUGAAUCAAAGAACUAGUAAGAGCUGGGUAUAACUUUAGUACAUCAAACAUGGCUCUUUUUAUCUCAAGUCAAAAAAGAUAUUAAACUGAACUGAGAAAGUUAAACAUUGGAUAGAACAUUGUUCUGGGGAAUAAAAAAAUGUCAGUCUUAUAA